AUGUCCACGUUCUCAAAGGCUAAUUUCAAGACGCUCAACUACAAGUCGUUUCGUCCCCAUUAUCCUCCCAGCUUCUACAAGUUGCUCUUCAACUACGUGACCAAGGGAGAUUUGACAAAGUUGCCCAUUGAUAAGGCUAUCGACUUGGGCUGCGGUACAGGUGUCGCUACCUACCCAUUGUUGAACUCGUCCGAGCAUGUCAUCGGACUUGACUUGUCACCUAAGAUGAUUCAGACUGCCGAUUCGUUGAUUUCGGAAAGAAUGGAACAGCUCGGCAUUUCCGACCAAUCUCGUAUCACCUUCAAAACUGGUGCUGUGGAAGACUUUGUUUACCAAGAACCAAGGGAGAUUCCAAACGAGUCUGUUAAUUUGAUAACUGCUGCUCAAUGUAUCCACUGGUUUCGGGAUUACAAUGCCUUUUUCAAGAACUCGGCCCAGUUGUUGAAAAAAGGCGGUACUUUAGCCUACUGGUUCUACGUCGAUCCUGUUAUCGUAGAUUUCCGUGGUCCGUACAAAGGAGACAAGGCCCAUGUAUUGUCUAGAACUUGGCAGUUGUAUAACAAGUACAUCUACGAAGAUGCCAACUUUGUAGGUCCACACUGGGAGCAGCCAGGAAGAACCAUCAUCAAAAACUUCACUGUCGAAGUAAACAAACAUAUUCCAAGUGAAUUGUACGAUAACGUUGUUAUAAACACAUUUCUUCCAAAUUCUACCGAUAACAAAACACCCUCAGAAAAGGACCUUAAUUUGAGCAAAUUGGACAUCACUCUUGAGGACUAUUUGAACUACUUGCGCACUUACAGUGGGUACCAUAACUUCCAAGAUGCAACGGGUGACAAGGUAAAUGUUUUCGAACUUUUGUUGAAGGAUUUUGAGACUGAGCUUGGCUUUGACAGAAACACCACGAAGGUCGACUUGGUAUGGAGGACGGGCUACACUUUCAUCACCAAGAAAUAA